UAACUGUUAUUAAGUUAAUAUUAUUUUCCUAAUCAUAUUAAUUACUCAAAAUAUCCACUUUCUGCUUUAAAUAAUGUAUAUUGAUUUUAGAGUUUAAAAAGCAUGUUAUCUGGAAAUUAAACAAGAUAUUGUAUAAAUUGGAUAAUGUUGACAAUAAAAUGGAUAUAAUGCAGGAGAAAGGCCAAUCUUUUAAAGAAUUUAGCGAAAUUCAAGAAAUCGAUAUUCCAUUCCCCAUUUUUACAAUUCGUGACUUGACAACUUUUGAAGAACAGUUGAAGGAAAAAAAAUUUCAGGAUGAUGUGCUGCAUUUUUUAAAACGUGUUGGUGGAGGCACUGCAUCUAUAACAAUACGUAAUAUAUUCAAAACAGCAAUAUCAGAUAAUUUAGCCAAAGAGUUUAGCUGGGCUGGACGAAAAAAUAAAGAAAGUUUUAAAGAUUUAAAACUUUCAAAAAUAAUCAUACAAACUGUUCGUAUGACACAUAAGGACAUAACAGACAACGACAUUGCUGAAUAUGCAUCAAAAUGGCUUGCUCAAGCAAGUGUAAGGAUUCGAAGAGAAAAAAAAGACGAAAGAGAUUCAGAAAAAUAAGAAUACAACAUUGUAUUAUUUAUAUCUUCCUAUUU